AUGAGGUUGGAGAAGUGCUGGUUCUGCUCCUCCACCAUCUACCCCGGCCAUGGAAUCCAGUUCGUCCGCAACGAUGCCAAGAUCUUCCGCUUUUGCCGGUCAAAGUGUCAUAAAAAUUUUAAGAUGAAGAGAAAUCCUCGUAAGGUUAAGUGGACAAAAGCAUACAGGCAAUUGCAUGGCAAGGACAUGACAAAGGAUACAACCUUUGAGUUUGAGAGAAAGAGGAACAGGCCUGAGCGGUAUGACCGCAAUUUGACAGAGCAAACUCUGAAGGCCAUCCCUCUUAUUACAAAGAUUAGGCAUGACCGUCUGGAGAAGCACAUUUCAAACAGACAUAAACCUGGUAAACGCAAGGAGAUGGAGAAAGAUUCUAAGGAGCUGGAUCAGGACAUCGGCAUGCUUCCGAAGAAGCUUAUUAGCAACGAGGUCACAGCCGAGAAAACAAAGAUCAAGGUCAAAGUUGUUCAGCAGCAGACAGAAGAUAAUGCUAUGGAAGAGUAG